CCAGGGCUCGGCCCUCGUUGCCCCGCGCCUGGAGCAGCCUCAGCGCCUGCUGGCGGGGAGGAGAGCGGCUCCCGGGCCUCCAGACACAAAGAGCGGCGGCGAGACGCGGCUCGGAGCGGAGCGCACGCUCGCGCCCUUGGCCUGUCCCCGCGCGGGCGGGACCCGAGACGCCGCAGCCCAGAACAAAGUAAUUCUGGUUUUUCAAGCCAGUAGAGGAUGGAUUCCCUGCAAACACAUCUCUAGCCUCACUGACCUCCUCCAGCCUUGCGCACCCUGAGCAGACCCUGGUGCCCACACCCCAGCUCUUACCCUGCCCUGAACCACACUGCCCGGCACCCCGGGACAGUGGAGGGAGGUGAGGGCCAGUCCGACGGCGCGGCAUCUUCCUGUCCCGCACACGGCCUGCGAUGGGAUGGACAAAGAGGAAGAGAACCGCUACGUUUCGCAACUUAGGGACGUCUACAGCAGCUGUGACACCACGGGGACAGGCUUCCUGGACCGGGAGGAGCUGACCCAGCUCUGCCUGAAGCUCCAUCUGGAAAAACAGCUGCCUGUCCUCCUGCACACACUUCUCGGAAACAACCAGUUUGCCAGGGUUAACUUCGAGGAAUUUAAGGACGGUUUCAUAGCUGUGUUGUCAUCCCAGGCUGGUCUUGCCUCCUCAGAUGAAGAUAGUGGGUCUUUGGAGUCAGUUGCCUCUCGGGCUGUGCCCCCAAAGUACGUGAGCGGCUCUAAGUGGUACGGCCGUUGGAGCCAGCCCGAGCCCUGUGGCGCUGCAGGUGGAGCCCCAGGUUUACCGGAGCAGCCGGCCAGACCCAGUGCGAGGAGCCAGCUUCACCGCUCCACGUCCCUGGAAAGCGUGGAGAGUCUCAAGUCUGAUGAGGAAGCCGACAGCGCAAAGGAGCCUCAGAAUGAAUUGUUUGAAGCCCAAGGCCAGCUGCCAGCCUGGGGUUCUGAGGUCUUCAGGAGCCCCCGGAAGCCCCGCAGCCACUCCUUCGAUACCCCUGAGAGCCAGGUCUGGGGCCUCUGGGAAGAGCUGGGUGUGGGCAGCAGCGGCCACCUCACAGAGGAGGAGCUGGCCCUGGUCUGCCAGAGCAUCGGGCUCCAGGGCCUGGCGAAGGAGGAACUUGAAGACCUGUUCAACAAGCUGGACCAAGAUGGGGAUGGCAGAGUGAGUCUGGAGGAGCUCCAGCUUGGCCUGUUCAAUCAUGGGUCCCCUCGACCGGUGGAACUGGCCCCGCUUGUCAAAGCCAGCGGGUCCUGGUCUCAUUACCAGGUCCCAGAGGAGAGUGUUGGCCAGACCACCACGUCGUCCCUCGUGUCCGUGUGCUCGGGCCCCCGCCUCUUCUGCAGUGUGGAUGACAGCAGCGGCUUCGCCUUCCCGGAGCAGAUCAUCUCCUUGUGGGCCCAGGAGGGCGUUCACAAUGGCAGGGAGGUCUUGCAGAAAGGGCUUCCCCGUGGGCCCUGCCAUGUGCCCGCCCCACCCGUGUGUCUGCAGCUUGUAGUCACAAGCACCAGCACUGAGAGAGCAGCCACGCCACCUGCGUUGUCACUAGGCCGCCGGCAGAGCCUUGACUUCAGUGUGGACGAGAAGGUGAACCUUUUGGAGCUGACCUGGGCCCUGGAGAAGGAGCUCAUGAUGGUGGGCGGGGCCACCCAGCAGGCAGCCUUGGCCUGCUACCGCCAGGAGCUGAGCUUCUGCCAGGAGCAGGUGGAGCAGAUGGUCAGGGAGCGAGAUAAGGCAAGGCAAGACCUGGAGAAAGCUGAGCAGAGGAACCUGGAGUUUGUGAAGGAGACGGACGACCUGUACUCCGCCCUGGAGCAGCUCACGGAGGAGAAGGUCAGACGCCUGGAGCAGGGCUACCGGGGGAGGCUGAGCCUCCUGCAGUCCGAGGUGGAGGUGGAACGCGAGCUGUUCUGGGAGCAGGCCUGGCGGCAGAGGGCCGGGCUGGAGGAGGACCUGCGGCGCCUGCAGGCGGAGGAGACCGGCCUCCGCAAGAAGCUGACCCUGGCCCUGAAGGAAAAUAGUCGAUUGCAGAAGGAGAUGAUUGAAGUCGUGGAGAAGCUCUCCGACUCAGAGAAGCUAGUCCUGAAGCUGCAGAAUGACCUGGAGUUUGUGUUGAGGGACAAGCUGGAGCCUCAGAGCACAGAACUCCUGGCCCAGGAAGAGCGAUUCUCAGGGAUCCUGAAGGAAUACGAGCUUAAGUGCCGGGACCUGCAGGACCACAACGACGAGCUGCAGGCUGCCCUGGAAGGCCUGCAGGCACAGGCGGCCCCGAGUCGGCACGGCCGCCUGGCCCCGGGACACAGCCCGGCAGGCACCGUCACGUUAGUGGGUGAUUCCGCCCCAGCAAGUAUAGAAACAGAGAUCAUGUUGGAGCAGCUGAAGGAGCGUUACCAAGAACUCAAGAUCCAGCUGGAGACCAAGGUUAAUGACCACGAGAGGGAAAUGGAGGUGACGAAAAGGGCCUUUGCAGAGGAGAGGAGGGAGCUGGAGCAGGCCUUCCAGCUCAAGGUUGGCAUGCUGCAAGGUCAGAAGGCCAAACUGGCGACGCUGCACGCGGAGUCGCAGGAGGUGGUCCGAGACCUGUGGGAGCCGCUGCAGAGGAGGGCGGAGCUGGAGCAGGGCCACACGUGGCAGCUGAGCCAGGACAGAGCGCGGCUGCGGGAGGCGCUCCAGCAGCUCAGAAUCGAGUUGGAAAAGCUUUCUGAAGAAAACAUGCUCUUGAAAAAUGAGCUGGGGAGGAUCCAACAAGAGCUUGAAGCUUCAGAAGGGACGGAGGCUGCACAGAGGAAGGAAAUUGAGGUUUUAAAGAGAGACAAGGAAAAGGCCUGCUCUGAGAUGGAAGAGCUCUGCACGCAGAGUCAGAAGUGUAGGGAUGAACUGUCCCAGCUCAACCACAGGGUCCUGCAGCUCGGAGAGGAGGCCUCUACCCACCAGACCCAAAGCGAGAAGAGUCCCGCCACCGUCCAGCUGCUGAUACACAGACUGGAGGAGGCCGAGCUCCGGGAGGGGCUGCAGGGUAACCAAAUCCAAAAACUUGAACUUGAACUUGACCGCGUGACUCAGGACCGUCAGAGCCUGAGACUGGCACAGUCACAGCUGAGAGAGGCCCUUGAAGAGAGUCGGGACCAGCUGUAUGGAGCCACCCAGAGGCUGCGGCUGGCCCGGUCGCAGCACACCCAGCAGGUGCGGCAGCUGCGGGAGGAGAUGGCACAGCUCGUGCCCGCAGGCCGCGUGGCCGAGCUGCAGCGGCUGCUGGAAGGGGAGUGGCGGGGGGCACGGUGGCUCCAGGUGGAGGCCCAGGAAGCACAUGAAAAGCAGCUGAAAGCAACAGAAGAGCGGGUGGAGGAGGUGGAAAUGAUUCUGAAGAACAUGGAAGUGCUCCUCCAAGAGAAAGUGGGUGAGCUGAAGGAACAGUUUGAAAAGAACACCCGAUCUGAUCUGCUGCUCAAGGAGCUCUAUGUGGAAAAUGCUCACCUGACAAAAGCGCUUCAAGUCACUGAAGAGAAGCAACGAGGUGCCGAGAAAAAAUCCCGAUUCUUGGAAGAAAAAGUUAGAGCUCUCAACAAACUACUCAGCAAGAUCGCUGCAGCAUCCCUCGCUGUGUAGACUGCUUUUCUUCCUGGAGUUCAUUUUGAAAGAACAUCUUUAAAGUAAACCACUGUGACGCUGUAACUUAUUGUGGCUUACUGGCUGUACGCCCCUGGAUAGACGAGGAUUGUGAUUCUGUUUAUCUCACAAGCAUUUAAUGAAGGUCUGUGUGCCAGAUGCUGGGGAAACAGAUUGUAAAAGACUACUUUUUUUUUUUAGUGGUCCUUGGGUAACUUCCAGAGUUACAUUCCUAAUUUUGCUACUGACAAGCAAAACAGAUUAUGGGGUUCCCAGCAAGGUAAAUGGUAAAAUAAAGCAAUUUUAAUGUUGCACUUCUGACCUUGGCUACAGAGAUUCAAAUGCAAAGUCAGGGCUCUAUAGUUUUACCAUUGCACUGUUAAUGCUAUGGGUUUAGUCACCAGCAUUCUCGUUGGUGGAUCGAUAGAGAGACUCCAGAAACGUACUUUCUGUGACUUUCAACUGGCGAUAAGGGAUAGAGGAAGGAAGCCUUUUUGUCAGGGCCUGUUCCACCACGAGGGAGUCUAGACAGCGCUGGUAUUUUAGGGCUGUGGACUCAGGGAAGAUGGUAUCCAUUGUGAAUGCAAUCUUUUCCUCUUUGAAAUGUCAUCACACUGGAAAGUGUAUGAUAUGUUUAAAAAAAAAAAGGGAAAAAGUAUAGUUUUAUAUCCAAGAUAUACAUAAAGUAUGGUCAUUUAGUUUAUCAGAAUAAACUACUGUAAUAUGAAGUCACUGUAUUUGCAAUAAAAUCCUUUUCUAUUAAAACCGA